AUGGCCCUACAGGCUAACCUGCCACCAACAUAUCUUUAUGAAUUAUUCUGGAAUAGUAGGGGCACUGGGAGUAAGUCCUUUCCAGGCCUAAUUGGUGAGCUCUGUAAAAAACACAAGUUAGAUUUUCUGGCUAUUUUAGAGACUCGAACAGGAGGUGAAAAGGCCAGGAGGAUUGCUAAAAGACUCGGUUUCACUAAUUUUGAGAUUGUUGAUGCUCAAGGAUACAGUGGUGGUAUAUGGGUUCUAUGGAAUGAUGAUUCUUGGAAGUUUGAGAUUUUGGGAACCCACGAUCAGUUUGUUCAUGUGUGUUUGGAUAUUAGAACGCAGAGAACUUUCUUUAUAGCUGUUUAUGCCCAUCCUAAUCCUAUUAAACAGCGAGUAGUUUGGCGUGCUCUCUUGGAUAUUAGCAACACAGUGACGGGUCCUUGGUGUAUUGGCGGAGACUUCAAUGCCACUCUCCACAUGCAUGACAGACAUUCUUUUUCUCGGACAGGAAGUUGUGUGGAUCGUGACUUUAGUGAGUGGGUCUCUAAUAUGAAUCUACUUGAUAUGGGGUGUAAAGGCCCCUUUUUCACUUGGAGAAGAAAUGGAUGUGAGAGUAGAUUGGAUAGGAUUCUUGUCAAUUCUGAUUUCAUGUUAACCUAUCUAAAUGCUUCUGUCGUUCAUCUUCCUUUCUUAAAAUCAGAUCACCAUCCGUUAUGGCUUAGGCUCAACAGCGAAGAGGCUCGCCCUAAUCAUAGAGAAGUCCCUUUCAGGUUCGUAGCAUCCUGGACCUUGCAUGAAAACUUCGAGUCCUUUGUUAGAGACUCAUGGAACGUGGAAACAAAUUGGCUUGAAAAUAUGGCAUAA